CACAGGUCUUCCCCCUCGCCAUGUCAAGGAGCAUUAACGAUGUGUUCCCUCUGCAUUGCAUUCCCCACCUGUCAUCUUGCUAGGAUCUAACUACAGAAUGAACAUAGCAGCUGUGUUGAAUGCCCUGCUCGUGUCAGUCCUCGCUGCUGUGCUGUGGAAAUACGUCAAGCUGCGAGAGCAUGUCUUCGUGGUCGAAGAGGAGUUGGCCCUUAUGCGUCAGUCUCAGGAACUCUCUCAGGCUCAGAUUGACUACCAUGCAGCUCUCCAGGCGCUGGUGGAGGACGGUACCAGAAUGGUGUGCACCGGCAGGAUGCACACCGACCGCAUCUGCCGCUUUGAGUCCCUCUGCUACUCUACAGAGGCCGAGGAGUUUGUCUACUUUCACAGCAACUCCUCAGUCAUGCUGCCCAACCUGGGCUCCCGGAGGUUCCAGCCGGCUCUUCUUGACCUCUCCUCAGUGGAAGAUCAUAACACUCAGUACUUCAACUUUGUGGAGCUGCCAGCUGCUGCGCUGAAAUUUAUGCCAAAGCCGGUCUUUGUGCCUGAUGUGGCGCUGAUCGCCAACAGGUUCAACCCAGACAACCUGAUGCAUGUCUUUCAUGAUGACCUCCUCCCCAUUUAUUACACCAUGCAGCAGUUCUCUGAUUUAGAUCUGGAGGCACGACUCUUUUUCAUGGAAGGGUGGGGUGAGGGUGUUCACUUUGACCUCUACAAGUUACUGAGUAACAAGCAGCCGCUCCUCAGGGAGCAGCUUAAAACCCUAGGCAGGCUCCUCUGCUUUACCAAAUCCUAUGUAGGACUGUCCAAAAUCACGACCUGGUACCAGUACGGGUUUGUCCAGCCACAGGGGCCGAAGGCUAACAUCUUGGUUUCUGGUAAUGAGAUCAGGCAAUUCACCAAAUUCAUGUUGCAGAAGCUGAACAUCAGCUUGGAGGAAAGCUCCAGUGAGGAGUACAUCAUAGUGUUCAGUCGAACACUCAACAGACUUAUCCUAAAUGAGGCAGAACUAAUCCUGGCUCUCGCUCAGGAGUUUCAGAUGAAAACCAUUACCGUCUCUCUGGAAGAGCAUUCGUUUUCUGACAUCGUCCAGUUGAUCAGCAACGCAUCCAUGCUGGUCAGCAUGCAUGGGGCCCAAUUAGUCAUGUCUCUCUUCCUGCCAAGAGGUGCCACGGUGGUGGAGCUCUUUCCUUAUGCUAUCAACCCCGAACACUAUACCCCUUACAAAACCCUGGCAACCCUUCCUGGCAUGGACCUGCACUACAUCGCUUGGCAGAACACCAACAGGGAAGACACUGUUACCUACCCAGACAGACCUUGGGAUCAGGGUGGGAUUGCUCAUCUGGACAAGGCCGAGCAAGAGCGCAUCAUUAAGAGCACAGAGGUGCCGCGACACCUUUGCUGCCGCAACCCUGAGUGGCUGUUCCGUGCCUACCAGGACACGAAGGUGAACAUCCCGUCUCUCAUCCAGGCCAUCAGGCAGAUUAAGUCCACGCCUGGACUCAAGAAGCAGAAGUGGUCUGGUAGCCUCUACCCUGGCAAGGUGAGGGAUGCCAAGUGUCAAGCCUCUGUCCAGGGCACAAGCGAAGCUAAACUUGCCGUGUCCUGGCACAUCCCCUGGAACCUGAAGUAUCUCAAGGUCAGAGAAGUGAAAUAUGAAGUGUGGAUACAAGAGCAAGGGGAAAACACUUACAUGCCUUAUAUUUUGUCACAUCAGAAUCACACCUUCUCAGAAAACAUUAAGCCCUUCACAAUAUACCUGGUGUGGAUCCGCUGCAUCUUCAACAAAAAUCUCCUGGGACCUUUUGCAGAUGUGCUCUUGUGUAGUACAUAACCUGUUGCGCUUUCUGUACAGCUCUGCCCCGCUCUCCAUCUGUGGUUGAAAACUUCUUGUCUUGUAGUUUGUAGAGGGCUGAAGAGGACUAGACUGUACCAGUGCCUAAGUGUCUGUUUUAUUGCACUCCACGUGUAUUCUUUAAAUGGUAUUUAUUUCUAGUGAGUGUUUAAAAAAACCAAAAAACAAAAUGCAAACAACAAAAAACACCUCUGUGUUCUUCAGAGUGACUUCCAGAGGUUAAAUUACAUGCUGAAUACGUGUAAUUGAAAACAGAAUGAAAGUGAAUUGUGUGUACCUUGGUCGUGAUUUAAAUUUGUUUCUGUUGUGUGAUGAGUAUUUAAGCACAAUGUUGAACUGCAGUCAAUUCCAUGACUAGGUGGGCAAUUCUCAUCAGCUUUUUCAUUGUAAGUUAUUUUUUCAAU